AUGGGAUUUCAUGAGUUGAGUUCCACUCUUUAUUCUUCUUCUUUCUUGGAGAUUGUGGAGAUUGCGGUUCACAUGGACUGCCAAGGCUGCGAGAAGAAGAUCCGAAGGGCGAUAUCCAAGUUACAGGGUAAUCCACAAGCUUCACAAAACCGACUAAUCAUUACCUUCUCUUCCGAGUCUCUAUCUCGAAGGAUCAUUAAACUUGAACGUUCGAAUUUGCAGGGGUUGACACCCUAGACGUCGACCUAGAUAAGCAGAAGGUGACGGUGACCGGAUAUAUGGAUCGGAGGAAGGUCCUCAAGACCGUCCGCCGCACCGGUAGGAAGGCCGAGUUCUGGCCGUCCCCGUUCGACGGCGAGUACCACCCAUACGCUCUGCAGCAUCUAGAGGACUCCACCUACUCCUCGACCCACAACUACUUGAGGCACGGAUACAACUCGAGCGUUCAGGGCUACUACCCCGAGCCUGCAUACUGUCAGAUCAUUGACGACGAGAUGGCCGCUCUCUUCAAUGAUGACAAUGUCCAUGCAUGCCGCGUCAUGUGA